GGAGAAGCGGAGGGCGGAAGUGUUUCUGUGUUGUGAUCUACGAACCGCAUGUGAGGAGAGUCAGCGGUCUCUGGGAAGCAUAGCAGCAAACUUCUCUCUUCUGCUGUCAGUUAUUUGUAUACAAGAUGACGGCCCAGGAGAUCCGACUGUGUGGCCUCCUACUGAGGGAGCAUUUCGGGGAGGUGGUGGAGAAGGUGGGAACUCACCUGCUCCGAAGUGGAGCACAAAACUUAAGGACCAUCGUUCAUGAAACCAACCUCUCUGUGGAUAUGGUGAAGAAAUGUCUGUGCGUGCUUGUGCAGCACGGGGCUUGUUUAAUCACCGCUGGCCGUAAAGGACCCGGCAGCCCCACAGAGUAUCGGGCCUGCUGUGAUCGAGUCCUGAGAAUUCUGCGCUACCCGCGUUACAUCUACACAGCCAAAACGCUGUACGGCGACACAGGCGAGCUGAUCAUAGAGGAGCUGCUGCAGCGAGGCCACAUGACUAUGAGCAACACAGUGAAGACGGUUGCAGAUCGAAUCACACAGAACAUGGAGGAAGGCCAAAGCUUGGAUUAUAGUGAAGUGUCUUCCACCUUUUCCAAACUAGUGGAAACACAUUUCCUCCAGCGCUGCCCUCCUAUGGGGGGAGCAGGAAUUACAGGCAGCACUGCUCAAGCUGAGGAUCCUGCCACCCCUGCAGCUCCUGCAGCCGCUGUCAGCACCGCACUGCCAAAUCCAGAGAGCUUUCCCAACUGCUACAUUGUACCCCAGGUUACGCUCAUUGGACGGGGCAAACGACAGCUCGUCCCUGAGGAAGGAGAGGAUCAAAGGAAUGCAAAAAGGGCCAAGAUGGACUCAACGACACAUGGUGAUGAAGGGAUUUACUGGCAGGUGAACUUUGAGCGGUUCCAUCAACACUUUAGAGACCAGGCGAUCAUCAGUGCUGUGGCCAAUAAGCUGGAUCAGACCAGCAGUGAAAUAGUACGGACUAUCCUGAGGAUGAGUGAGGUGACGACUUCUCCCACAGCCUCCUGCACAAAGUCCCUCUCAGCCAAUGAGAUCUUCAGGUCCCUCCCAGCCAGCUACAACAUCCAAAGACCGAUUUUAGAUCAGUAUUUGACUCUGCUGGUGGAUGACCCGAUGGAGUUUGUUGGAAGAGCCGGAGAAAGUGGCGGAGGAAUGUUUGUUGUUAAUCUGCACAGAGCGCUCGCAAACCUGGCUCGAGCCACUGUUGAGUCCAUUGUGCAGGAGAAAUUUGGUUCCCGAUCGGCUCGUAUCUUCCGGUUGUUGCUGCGAAAGCGACACCUGGAGCAGAAGCAAGUGGAGGAUUUUGCCAUGAUUCCAGCAAAGGAGGCUAAAGACAUGCUCUACAACCUGCUGUCUCACAACCUGGUCCAGCUGCAGGAAAUCCCCAAGACUCCAGAUUUUGCUCCAUCUCGCACCUUUUAUCUUUACACAGUAAACCAGCUGCCUACAGCCAGAAUGCUGCUGCAGAACUGCUACAAGACCGUGGCGAACCUCAUAGAGCGACGCCUGUUUGAGACCAAAGAAAACAAGCGCCUGUUGGAGAAAUCUCAACGAAUCGAAGCCAUUCUGGCAUCUCUGCAGGCCAGUGGGGCAGAGCCGGAACAGCUGAGCGAAGUCGAAGAGAUGAUCUCUGCUCCAGAGAAACAACAGCUGGACGUCUUAAGGCUUCACGUAAACAAGUUAGAUUCAGCAGAGAAUCAAGUAGAUGAAACCAUCUUUAUCUUGGAGUCCUACAUCAGUUCUACAGCUAAAAGUUAAGAUUUGAGUGUUACAGUUUAUACAAAAUGUUUCUUAUUUUAGGAUUUGUUUCUUUAGUGUUUGUUGAAUUGAAAUGAAGAUUGUUUUCAUUGUUUUUAUUGCAUCAAUCAGCACUGAAUAAAUGGGUCAUACUGCCUCUUUUCA